AUGACCAAUAAUCAAAAUAUAGAAAAUGAUGGGAAUGAAAUAAAAGAUGUUAAUGUAAAUAUAGAGAAUGGUGGGAAUGAAAUAAAAGAUGUUAAUCAAAAUAUAGAAAAUGGUGGGAAUGAAAUAAAAGACGAUAUAAAACAUAUCGGAAUAACAGAAGAAAAUAUAAAAACUGAUUCUAAAAUAACAACAAACAAUUAUAGAAAUGGCAAUUCAAUCAAAAUAGUGAUAAAAGAAAAUGAUAAUAUAAAUUAUAAUGAAUCUAAUAUUUGUAGUACUAUUUUAACGGACGAAUUUAAAAAUGGCGAAAAUGGAAAUAUAACAAAAUGUCCUGAGAAUGUAGAAUGUGUUGAAAUGAAUAAUGACAUAAUAAAUAAUGACAUAAUAAAUAAUGACAUAAUAAAUAAUGAACAAAAUUUGGCUAAUGAACAAAAUUUGGCUAAUGAGCAAAACUUGGCUAAUGAGCAAAACUUGGCCAAUGAGCGCAUAUAUGGUAGAAGCGAUAGCUCGAGUAGUUUAACUGUAGAUGAAGAUCCAAAUAUAUCAAGAAGAGCAUAUAGAAGCUUUCACAUAUGCUCAAUUUUUAUUCAUUUAGCAUUGUUAUUAAUGAUUUUAUUAUUGUUAGCAACAUUAAUUAAUGAGUAUACAAUAUUUAUAUCACCAGAAAAAGGAAAAGCAAUGUUUUAUGUUUGUGGUAUAUUAUUAGGUUUGCUAUGUUUACAUGCAUGUAUAAAUUUAUAUAUAUCUUUAAUGUUUUUAGCAGAUUAUGAGAUUUCAAGAUACAUAAAAAGUUUUGAAUCAAAAAUGCAUGUGGUUGUUUUAUUAUAUUUCUUUUUAUGUCUAUAUGUAUAUUUGUUUGAUGAUAAAAAUAAUCCUAUACGCCCAAUAUUUUUCUUUGCUUUAUUAUUAUCAGUUAUUUAUUAUUUUAUGCCAUUAUUUUUAUAUAUUGUAUUGAGGAUUUUAUUUUUUAUUGUUAUUUUUACAAUAUUAUUUAUGAAAAGAAAAAGCCCAACCCCAAAAUGUGUGUUAAAAAAAUUAAAAAUUAUUAAAUAUAUAGAUUACAAAAAUUAUUGUGAAAAUAUACGAGCAAAUCAAAUAUCAAUAUCAGAAUUAAAUGAUAAGAAUAAUAAACAAGAGAAUGAAAAACUAACAGAUAAGGAAGAUUGUACUUUGAAAAAUUCUGAACAAAAUAUAUCAUCCAAUAAAAAUGAAAAUAAUAAUCAAAAUUUAAAUAAAAAUAGUAAAAUUGAAAAAAAUAAUAAUCAUGUAAAAAUAGAUAAAGAAGUAUGUAAUAGAAAAAUAAAUAAUAUGAAUAGAUUAAAUUAUUAUUCUAUUAAUAUAUAUGAUAAAAAUAAGAAAAAAAAUAUUUCAUAUAAAUCAAAAAAUAUAGAAGAUGAAAAUAAAAAAAAUAAUAUAUAUGAUAAAGAAAAUGGUGAAAUAAAUGAUUAUAUUAAAAAUAAUUCAUUUUACAUUAAUAUUGAAAAUGAAAAUUAUAUGUGUGCAAUUUGUUUUGUUGAUUAUUUAGAUGAUGAUCAUAUUUGUGUAUUGCCAUGUAAUUACAUGCAUUAUUAUCACAAAGAUUGCAUAUUUACAUGGUUAAAGAAAAACAAUGAUUGUCCUUUGUGCAGAAAACAUAUAACAAUUUAA